UGUUUGGAUGCGCCAGCAUCCUGUAGGAGCAGAGUAAUCCUUUAAAAAGUUGUCAGAGUUAACUUUUCUUUUUCUUUUUUGGUUCUAUAAAUGUGUUUAAAAUGUCCGGGUUUUGGGAUCUUUCAGGUGAUGUCCAGCAGCUGUUGGUGAGUAAAGAAGAGCUUCCUGAUGAGAAGGAGAGGAGUCCCAGUCCUUGUCACGAGGACAGUGAGCCUUCACACAUUAAAGAGGAGCAGGAGGAACAAUGGAUCAGUCAGGAGGAGGGAGAGCAGCUUCAGGGACAAGUGGAGGCUGAAAUCAUUAAGUUGCCCUUCACUCCUGUCCCUUUGAAGAGUGAUGAUGAUAAUGACGAGGAAUCUCAAUUUUCACAGCUUCAUCAAAUGCAAAAUGAACUGAUGGAAACAGGGGGUGUUGGAAAGGACUGUGGAGGAUCAGAGCAAGCCAGAAGCUCAGAUCUAGAGAAAGUUUUACAACCAGAGAUUGAGGUCAAGAUUGAAGACUCCUCUGAACCUGACACUGAUGACAGUGAUGACUGGAUGGAGACCAGAAAACAUCCAUCAAGUUUAAAUUGUGUAAAAAACAUUACAGACAAGAGGGUAAAGACUGAUAGGAAUUCAAAUAGCUGCUCGAAAUGUAGUAAAAAAUUUAAAUCUAAAAGUCAUCUGACAGAACAUAUGAGAACUCAUACUGGAGAGAAACCCUUCAGCUGUUCUGCAUGUGGCAAAAAAUAUAAAAACAAAAGUCAUCUGACGGGUCAUUUGAGAACUCACACAGGGGACAAACCUUUCAACUGCCCUGAGUGUGAUAAAAGUUUUACAAGAAGUGGAACACUGAGCCAACAUAUGUUAGUUCACACUAGAGUUAAAAAAUACAGCUGCUCUGAGUGUGGUAAAAGUUUUAAUCGAAAGGCUUACAUGGCAGAUCAUAUGAGCAUUCACACAGGAGAGAAACCCUUCAGCUGCUUUGUGUGUGAAAAAAGGUUUAACCGGAAAAGGAUACUGAUCACACACAUGAAAGUACAUAAAGAAGAGAAACCAUUCAAAUGCCCUGAGUGUGGUAGAAGAUUUAACUCAAAGUAUAGUCUUACAAUACACAUGGAAAAUCACAGAGGAGAGCAACGCUUUAGUUGCUCUGAGUGUGGUAAAAAAUUUAACCAGACAAGUCAUUUUGUAGAGCACAUGAGAAUUCACACGGGAGAAAAACCCUUCUGCUGCUUUGAUUGUGGUAAAAGAUUCACUCAAAAUGGAAGUCUCUCCCGACAUAUGUUAGUUCACACUACAGAGAAACCCUUCCCAUGUUCUGAGUGUGGUAAAAGUUUCAGAUAUAAGUAUGAUCUGAAAUGUCACAUGGCACAUCACAAAGGGGAGAAACUGUUCCGCUGCGAUAUUUGUGACCAAAGAUUUGCUUGGUAUUUUCAGUUAAAGACACACAAGUGUGUUUGUGGACAGGUUUCAAAGCCUUGUCAAAACCAAAUGGAGAGUAAAACAGAGGAAACAGGAGCUGAAUGAAAGGACUGUGGAGGUUCAGAACAAGCCAGUAAGGCAAUACAAGAGACUACAGCAUACCCAGCUGAAAACUCUUAUGAUGACUUUCUUGUCAGCAAUAUGAUACUGUUGACAAAUCACUCAGCUUCUCUGUGUGCUUUGUAGAUUGUACAUUUCUACGUGGAGGUCGGGAUAAGAUGAACUAUGAUCAGAGUCUCAAGCCGCAUGGGAAAGAGCAUUAGGAGUCCUAAAAACUGUAUUGCAGUGUUAUUGUGAUGGGGGACUUUGUUUGGUAACUGUUUUUGGCAAAUAGUGGGUGUUAUUUCCUUUGCCUCUCCUAUUUCCAAGAAUGAUUAGCAGGGAAUCUGGAUGUAUGUUUUUUCAAGUCUGUAAUAUAGUCAGCCAUGUGCGCUAAAUGGUACAUA